UGAGGAUUGUCACAUGUAUGUAUAUCUUACAUUUUUGAAAUGAUGGGAUGUAUUUUGCUUGUUAAGAUCAUAGUGUGCUUAGAGCUUCUUUGUCUCACUUGACUUUUCCUCUCCCUUUGGCUAUUUUGGAUAAGCACUUAAUAAGCAGUUGCAGGAAAUUCGUUAUCAGAUGAGCUCAAACAUUUGAGCUUGAAGUUGAUAAUUAACUCUGAGGAUCUGGGAGAAAUGCUGGAAUGCAAUAAAGGGACAAUUGUUGGUUGGGUGGAAUGGCCUACUUUUAUCACCUUUUCAAGAACCAAAGUUAAGUAAGAAAUAAACACACAAUACCUCAUAUCCAUACUCUUAGAAAUAAUGCUUUGUUAACUGGUAAUGAUAACACUCCUGUUACUGGGAAGUUUGUGUCUUUUGUAGGUUCUUGUGGUUUAUGUUGGCUAGGUUUAUUUUUCUUAACUUGCUUGGAGCAUGUAUUCUCGCAUGUGGAUGGUGUAUUCUGUUUUAUUAUUUAUUAAUGUUUCAUCUUUAUUUGUUUUCCUCACUUUUUCUUUGGAUCCUAGGAAUGAUGACAGUGGCUGUUAUUACGGGAAGAAAUUCAUGCAUUUUUAUCUCAGCCCAUUCAUAAUAGAGAUUAUGUAUAUGUAAAAGCUGAAGCAGAACAGUACCUUUCAGUACAGAUACCAGCAGAUGAUUGCAAUGAACAGCAGGACUAGGGAGGAAGGCUGUCAAGCAUGAGAUCUCAUUUUGGAAGGAUAGCAGGUGGUAGUGUUCAUAAUGGAAAACAAGAGGUGGUAGAAGCCAGAGUCCAGGUGUUCAUAUUAAGAAUUCCAGGUCUUAAUGUGCUUCAGUGAUUCAGAAUUCAAAUUUUAUAUCUCAUAUUUCAAAAUAGAUGCCCCUGCAUCUAUUUGUGUGUCUGGGCUGUUUUGGAGAUGCCUUGUAUAUCCUCUGUUUCCUCAGGAGAAUUCAGCUCAGGGAGUGAGCUGUAGGUGGAAAAGAGAAUCAGAAAAAAAUGAUAUAUUGAGGUAUUUAAAGCUGUUUUGAUCAUAAUAAUGAAUAUGUCAAAUAGAACUCACCAGUUAGUAUGAAACAUUUGCAGUAGUCCUGGGCUAUCCUCUGACCUAAGGAGAAUUUUCCUUGAAUGACUUCACUUACAAAGGGAAAAGAUGCACCAAACAUGACAUGGCAAAACCCCAAAUUCUUCUGUAUUCAAACUAGAUCAGUUGUUGUCAUGUGAUCUAGGCUGGUGAUUUCUUUGUAUUUUGUACUAGAAACAACGUGUUUCUCAGCCUGUUGUUAUCAGGAAGGGAGCGUACAUUUGUGUACGUCACACUAAUGUAAUGUGUAGGGCUGGUUGGGGGGAAAAAAAAAGAAUGAAUUAACUUGGACUUAGUUCUAUUUUCAAACUUGCAUAAUCUAGCACUGUAUUGCUAGUGUUAUUCUCUCCUGUAGAGAAGGUGCACAAUUAGGCAGUAGGUUUUCUGGCUGAAACCGUAUGUUUUCAAACGGAUGCUUUAAGUGCUGAUUUUAUUACAAACCCAGAAGAGAAGUCAACAGAUAAAAUGGAGUGGUGCAGUCUAUAACUAAAUAGUAGCAAAAUGUGUGGGAAUGUAGUCCUGAAUGGCAAUUGCUUAGGAAGUCUUUAUUGUGGUUAUAUAGGAGCGGCCAAAUGAAACGACAAGUCUCAGGGGGAUCAUAUUCUUGAGUUGCAUGGAAGAAAGCUUUGUACACCUGUCAGCAAUAAAUGUGUACUUGGACAUUUACUUUUAUUCUUUCUAGCCCUUAGAACGUGGUGGUUUUGGAUUUUAUUCAGAGCUCACUAAAAUGGGUUGUUAAGUCUUAACAUUGUUCUGUUUCAGUCCCUUUAUGACUUCUGCUGCUGUGGCAUCCGGCCUUUCAUUAGGGUUUUAGGUACCACAAUAAGGAAAAAAAUGUUGUAGUUAAUAGAAAACUUACUUUUUUUCCCAGUUGAUUGGUUUGUGGGGUUCUUUUUAGUCAACGCUUUGAUAUUCAACUUCUUUUUGCCUUUGUUUAUUUAUUUAUUUUUGUUGGUGUUGAAAUUCUCAGAAUACUGAAUGUACUGAAGGAGCAAGACCUAGAAACAUCUUUUGAUAGUUAAAUAAAUGGAUCUAGUGAGAGCCUUACAGAUUUUAUGUUUGCAUGCCAAUGCUUACUUGAUAGGCAUUUGACUAUAUAAGAAAAUGUAAUACAGUAUAAACACAAUGAUUUUUCCUUUUCCUUAUGAAUACAUUCUAAUGUUCUGCUGUGAAAGUUGUCGUCACCAGAGGGGACUUCAGAAGGCAAAGUGUUCUGUUCACUACUAACUGAUGUCGACAAAAUCUGACGUGAAUGGCUUCUCUCCAGAAUCGUGUCAGACCUUUUUUGGAGUUACUGCCUGCCUCUCUCAGGUUUCAUCUGAAGACCGAAAUACGCUGUGGGCUUUGAUUACUUUUUAUGGUGGGAAUUGCCAGCUGAACCUGAAUAAGAAGUGUACUCACUUGAUUGUGCCUGAGCCAAAGGGGGAGAAAUAUGAAUGUGCUUGUAAGCAUGACAGCAUAAAAAUAGUGACACCAGAGUGGGUAUUGGAUUCUGUAGUUGAUAAGGCUAAAAAAGAUGAGACUCCGUAUCAUCCUCGUUUAAUUAUAUACGAGGAAGAAGAGGAGGAGGAGGAGGAGGAAGAGGAAGAAGCAGAAAAUGAAGAGCAAGACUCUCAAAAUGAAGCUAGUACUGAUGAAAAGUUAUCGAGCCCAGCAUCUUCUCGAGAAGGAUCACCUUUGGGUGAUCAAGGUUUUUCACCCAAAUCUACUACUGCUGAUAAGGCAAAAGGGGAACUGAUGUUUGAUGAUUCUUCAGAUUCUUCUCCAGAAAAGCAAGAGAGGAAUUUGAAUUGGACACCAGCUGAAGUUCCUCAGGCAUCCACAGCAAAGCGUAGGUUGCCUCAGGGGAAGGACUCUGGGUUAAUUAACUUAUGUGCCAAUGUCCCACCAGUGCCAGGUAAUAUCUUGCCUCCAGAUAUGAGAGGCAAUUUAAUGGCUUCGGUACAAGGUGCCCAAAGUUCUGAUCGACAGGAAAUGAUGGCUGCGUGGAGUCCAGCGGUGCGGACGUUGAGGAAUAUUACUAAUAGUGCUGAUAUUCAGCAGAUUAAUAGACCAUCAAAUGUAGCACAUAUAUUACAGUCACUUUCAGCACCUACAAAAAGUUUAGAACAACAAGUAAAUCAUAGCCAACAGGGACAUCCAAACGCGGUGCUGUUUAGUCAAGUGAAACUAACACCAGAGACACAUUUAUUGCAGCAGACACAUCAAGCACAGCAGCAACAGCACCAUCCUCUUUUACAUCUUCAACCUCAGCAACUUAUGCAGUUGCAGCAGCAGCAGCAGCAGCAACCCCAGAUUUCCCAGCAGUCUUUCCAGCAGCAACAGACUCAUCAGUUUUCACAACAGCAACAAGUUCAUCAGCAGCACCAGUUUGCACAACAGCAGCUUCAGUUUCCACAGCAGCAGUUACAUGCUCAACAACAGCUACACCGUCCUCAGCAGCAGCUUCAAUUCCAACAGCAGCAUGCUUUGCAACAGCAACUUCAUCAGUUGCAGCAGCAGCAGCUACAGCAGCAACAGUUGCAGCAGCUUCAGCAACAGAACCUUCAGCAACAGCAGCUACAGCAUCAGCAGCAACAAAUUCAGCAACAGCAAUUACAACAGCAGCACUUACAGAGAUUACACCAACAGCAUCAGCAACAGCAGAUGCAGAAUCAAGCAGCACAGCACUUAACUCAGACAUCUCAAGCACUACAGCAUCAAGUUGCAACCCAGCAGCAGCAGCAGCACCAUCAGCAACAGACACAACUGCAGCAGCAGCCGCUUUUUGGACAUGAUCCAUCAGUAGAGAUUCCAGAAGAUUAUUUCCUACUGGGUUGUGUCUUUGCAAUUGCUGAUUACCCAGAACAGAUGUCUGAUAAACAGCUGUUAGCAACCUGGAAACGGAUCAUUCAAGCACAUGGUGGGACUGUGGACCCUACACUUACAAGCAGAUGUACACAUCUUCUGUGCGAAAGCCAAGUCAGUAACAUGUAUGCUCAGGCUUUAAGAGAAAGGAAGAGAUGUAUUACAGCACAUUGGCUGAACUCAAUCUUGAAGAAGAAGAAAAUGGUACCACCUCAUCGAGCCCUUCAUUUUCCAGUGGCAUUUCCACCAGGAGGAAAGCCAUGCUCUCAACAUAUAAUCUCUGUGACAGGAUUUGUUGACAGUGACAGAGAUGACCUCAAACUAAUGGCGUACCUAGCAGGUGCCAAAUACACGGGCUAUCUAUGUCGCAGCAACACAGUUCUCAUCUGUAAAGAACCCAGUGGCUUGAAGUACGAGAAAGCCAAAGAAUGGAGAAUACCGUGUGUAAAUGCACAGUGGCUAUGUGACAUACUGCUAGGAAAUUUUGAAGCUUUACGGCAGAUACAGCACAGUCGAUACACAGUAUUCAGUCUUCAAGAUCCACUUUCUCCUAGUCAACAUCUAGUCCUAAACCUGCUGGAUGCUUGGAGAGUCCCAUUAAAGGUAUCGCCAGAACUUCUAAUGGGUGUGAGGCUGCCUUUGAAACCAAAGCAAAAUGAAUCCAGUCUUCAGCCAUCUUCCAAGAGAGCAAGGAUUGAAGACCUCCCGCCACCUACUAAAAAGCUUACACCAGAGUUGACACCAAUGGUGCUUUUCACAGGAUUUGAACCUAUGCAAGUUCAACAGUACAUUAAGAAGCUGUACAUUCUUGGAGGUGAAGUAGCAGAAUCUGCCCAGAAAUGCACCCACCUAAUUGCCAGUAAAGUGACCCGCACUGUCAAGUUCCUGACUGCAAUUUCAGUAGUCAAGCACAUAGUAACUCCGGAGUGGUUAGAAGAGUGUUUCAAAUGCCAGAAGUUUGUCGACGAGCAGAACUUUGUGCUGAGGGACGCUGAAGCUGAAGUGCUUUUCUGCUUUAGUUUGGAAGAGUCCCUGAAGAGGGCACAAGUAGCUCCACUGUUCAAGGGAAAAUAUUUUUACAUUACACCUGGAAUUUGUCCCAGUCUUUCCACCAUGAAAGCUAUUGUGGAAUGUGCAGGAGGAAAAGUGUUAUCUAAACAGCCUUCAUUUCGAAAACUGAUGGAGCAUAAGCAGAAUAAAAGUUUGCCAGAGAUAAUCUUGAUUUCCUGUGAAAAUGACCUUCACCUAUGUCGAGAAUAUUUUGCAAGAGGCAUAGAUGUCCACAAUGCUGAAUUUGUCCUGACUGGAGUACUUACUCAAACACUGGAUUACGAGUCAUAUAAAUUUACUUGAAGGAUAGUAAAAUGCCUUAGUGCUUCGGAGUCCUUGGAGCAUUAAAUCUAGCUAUUCAGCCAUUGUACAAAGUUAACUAAAACUUCCUGUGGAUGCUGUUUUCCAGCUGUUUGCCUAGGGAUGAAGAGCAGUUUAAAGCAGGGAAGCAAAGAUAAACUGCAUCAUUUUUAGGAUGUGUAAUUUUAUUAUGAGGAAACAUAAUUUACUAUGUUUUGUAUUAUACUACCAUUUUAAAAGAUCCCACUUUAGGUAUCAUAAUUAGCCAGUUUUUAAACAUUUUAACGUUAAUGAUGGUACUUCAGCCAAAAGUAUAAUUUGGGUGUAAAAAUAAAAGGGCUUGCUGUCUAUUAAAUUAUGGAUGUUGAAGAUGAAAAUGUUUUGUACUUUAUUUUUAUUUCUUAUACUCUAUUUUCUUUUAUAUUGAUAUUUUGCCCACAUUUUAAAUAAAUGUACUUUUAAAUGUUUUACUCUAUAUUUUAGUGGUGGUUCAUUUUUUUGAAUACUGUGCAACAAUGGCACUCUGGUAAGAGUAAAUUACUCAAAUCUUUUUCCAAGCGGUGUAAAAUUAUUUUAAAAUUACUUUAUGAGGUAUGUUUUAAUAUAUAAAAAUCCCAGUGCUUUGAAGGGGAAGUUGUUAAAAAAUUUAUAGAUGUGUUUUUACUGAAAAAAAAGAAAAAGCUUGAAGGAAGGAGAAACUAUUACCCCACAUACUAUGCUGUUGUGAUAAGUUUUGUUUGUAUAGUGAGUUUUACUAAAUAAAUAUUAAAAACCAGUCUUCAAAAUCUA